AUGACAAGUUUUACAUCAUAUUUUAAGUUAGAUGAUGAUAGUAUAAACAAAGUAAUAGAGUACGUAACAAUCGAAGAUAUUUUACCGCUUAAACUUGUUAAUCAAAGAUUUUUCUCAGUAUUAGAAAAAAUCACGAAAAUUCCUGAUUAUCAAGGGAAUUUUACACAAAAAGCAUUAAAAUUGUUCCCUAAUGCAAGGCAGAUCACUUCUCGUCUUGAAAGAUAUGCUGAUAUAAUUGGAGAUGAAGAAAUUAAUCCAGAAAUACAAUACAAUAUUAUUUAUACUCCAAAUGAUGUUCCUUAUAUCCCGUAUUUAGAACAAAUUUCAACAGACAUUUAUUCCUUAACUAUUCCUUCUCUGAUUCCAAAUUGUGUUGAGUUAUUGCCUAUUCUUCUUUCAAUGAAAAAGCUUGAAAUUUUAAACAUUGAUGCAUCAACUUUAUUUAAGAUAUCAAAAUAUCUUGCAAGUGUGUUAAGUUCACUACUUUCACUUCCUUCAUUGAAAAUAAUUAAGGUAACAUCAUUAUCAUUAACUCUAAGUGACCAUCAAAAGUUAAUUAAAUCUUUAUUUUCAAGUAAGUGCAAUGACAGUCUUAACAUUUAUAUUGAAAUUAAUAGAAUUCAAGACAAUAAUACCUUACAUCAAAUAGUGGAAGUAAAGCCUUCAAACGUUAAAUUAGUUAUUGAUUGCAAUGAAAAUUAUGAUAGCCUCUAUGAUUUACUUUAUGACAAUAAAGUAUUUUAUUCUUUUAAUAGAGUGAUCACUGGCAUUGGAUGUACAGUGUCUGAAGACUCUGAUGAUGAAGCAAAAUAUAAGGAUUAUCUUAAUUGUUUGUUUAUACGUUAUUUUCCAAGAGCAAUAUGUCUUAAUUGUGUAAUGAAUCUUAAACAAGUCUCAGAAGUUGAAAAUGCAACUGUUUUAUAUAGUGUAAAUGAAAAUUUACUAAAUAAAAUGUCAGUUCUAAAACAAUUAACAUUAAGUGAGCAAUUUGGUGAGAGGAAAAGUCAUUAUGAUUUUAAGGGUUUAUCAAAUUUGACAAGUCUUAAAGUAAUUGCGUUUGAGUCUAGAAAAAGAGUUCUCAAAAUUCCUAGUCGUUUGAAAGAAUUUAUUUCUUCGGGAUUUAUUUAUGAUGAAAAUGACAUUGAUAAUGAUGGAAUGAAGGGGUUUGUUAAUUUAAACCAACUCACUAGACUAGAGAUUUCUAAGUGUCAAAGCAUUAUUUUAAAUUUACCCUCUUCUUUAAAAACACUCCAACUGAGAGACUUUCCCUGUUUGGUUGAAUUACCUCAACUACAAAAACUUCAAUCAUUAUCAAGUAUUACUAUUAAUGAUUGUCAGUCAAUUACAUCACUAGCUCUAGGAGAUAACGUACGUUUUAUAACAUUAAACAAUUGUGCUCAAAUCCAGAGUAUUUCUUCUUUUAAGAAAGAUUAUAAAUUAUUGACUGAGGCAUGUUACCAAUUAUUAUAA